AUGGAUUAUUACUCUUCUUUAGACUCAAGAUCGUUGGAUUCAACACCCACGAUAUUUGAAAUCAUAUCUUCAAAUGAACUAGAGCAAUUGUUGUCCCCCUCAUUACGUUAUAUAAUUGUUCAUUAUGCUCAAAAAUAUCCAAACUUGUUGUUGAAAUUUGCAAUGAAAUUUGAUGAGUUGAACUUGGUGUUUAGAGGUCUUGUCGAGUAUCAUUACUUAUCAAAAUGGAAUUCAAGCUUCACAGAGAAUUUCUAUGGAUUGAAAAGACAAACUUUAAACAAGAUUAAUAUUAAAGAUAAGAAUCACAAGAUUUUUGAAAUGAUUGAAACAAAGAAAAGAUUAUCAAAUUGGCAAAUUUAUGCAAGUUUAAUAAACUUGGUUGGUGGUGCUUAUGUUAAUGAGAAAUUAGAUGUAAUUUAUGAGAAACUAUAUGGUAAAGUGUUGCUGAAAACUUUAAAACCAACCACUUUGACAAAUAAACUAAAAUAUUAUUAUGUUAAAGUAUAUCCAUAUUUAUUAUCAAUUAUAAAACUAUUGAAUGUUGUUUUCCAAAUUUUAUAUCUAUCGGGACGUACAAAAUCCCCAUCAUUUAUUGAUUACCUAUUAAAGAUUGAAUAUGCACGUUUAUCCCAAUUUGAUUAUGACCUACAUGAUAAGAAAUCAUCAACAACAACAAAACCUGAAACAUCCUCAACAAGCACUAGAACACGUCCACCAUCAUUUGGUCAACAUUUGAACAGGAUGCUAUCAGUCUAUUAUAAACCUCUAAAAUCAUUAAUGAUGAAAUUAUCAACUACAGUUUUCCCAUUGGCAAUUUUCCUAUUAAAAUUUCUUGAAUGGUGGAAUUCAUCAGAAUUUGCAUCAAAAAUUUCUAAAAAUCAACAAAAUUUAAUAGAUAAAGAUAUCCCACCACCAAAUUCCUCUAAAAUUCCAAUCACAAAGACAGAUAUUUGUCCAAUUUGUUCAAAUCAAAUAACAAAUCCUGCAGUUAUUGAAACUGGUCAUGUUUUUUGUUAUCCAUGCAUUAUGAGAUAUUUAAUGGAGAGUGAUCCAGUAAAAGGUGGUAGAUGUCCAAUUACUGGGAGAAGAUUGAUUGGGUGUAGAUAUUCUAAUGCUGCUAAAGAAUGGAAAGUUGAUGGUGUUAGAAGAUUAAUGAUAUAA